AUGAAAAUGAUGUUGUAUUCCGUGGCCACUGGCCUCCACCAGAAAUCUCUUUCGAGCUGCCAGCAUCCUUCCCAGUCACCAAGUCUCACGCUCAUCCUUCCUGUGUUUGUUCACGAAGGGAUGAAAGCGAUGGAUCAUGAAACCCGUACGAGGCAAUUUUGCAACGGCAGCUUCUCGUCAAAAUGUUACGAAUUCUCCAUCGAAGGAGGCACCAAAACUCAAGAGAUCCUACGGGAUGAGAAAUUCCGUCAUCUGGAACCACGUUGCACUGCUGAUCAUGGAACGAACUACCACGGGGGCGCCUCGACCGAAUCCGAUACUGUGCGAUGUAUUCCCGCAACCACCUGUGAGGCUUUCCCAGAGAUGGCGAUCCAAUUAAGAAAGUGCUUGGUGUCAGGGCCUCUGGUUCAGUCUUUCAUGAAUUUGAAGCAGUCGAUUAGCGGAACGGGAGUUAGCCUGAUGGGUAUUGCCAACCCUGUUUCGGAUCUCAAAAUCCUGUGGGAGCCGUCAAUGAGGAUGAGUUUGCGGCAAUCUGAGAUCUAUCCUGCCGAGUGA